AUGGCAGCUACGAAAAUUGCGGACAUUUCAUGGUUUCAUGAUUUCCCUCCGUUUUUUACACUUCAACCAAAUCUUGACACACGUCGUAAACAACUGGACGCUUGGUGUUCACUCCUAUUAGAUUAUUGUCGUUUGAAAAAAGUUUGUACAUUCGAUGUCAACGAUGCUAGUAAAUUUCCACCAUUUUUCAAUGCAAAAAUCAAUCGGCAGUUAGAUAAUCAUUUUAUUCAAAUUUUACUUGAAGAAUUACGUAGUCGAGGUAAUAUCGAAUGGGAAGAUAAGAACAAGCGACGUUGUUUAAUCUUUUGGAAUUCACUUGAAGAAUGGGCUAAAAAUGUUUAUCAAUGGAUCACAUCACGCGGUAUGAAUAGAACUGUUUGUACAUUCUAUGAAUUAUUACAUGGCGAUGAUACACGUUCAGCUGAUUUUCAUAACAUUGAUCCAAAACUUUUUCGUCGUAUUCUGCAUGAACUUGAAAAACGUGGUCAAGCUACUGUAUUUUCUGAAAAUGGCGCUGACGGCGUUAAAUUUUUAUAA